UUUACCCAACCUUGCCUUCCAUCUCCCACCAUCACUUAGAAACCCUAGCCGCCCCCUCCAUGCCUUCGCCGCUUCGCUUCCUCCUCUAUACCGUCAAAACUCUCUCUUCCUGUUGCCAUGGCCAGCCACAGCGACCACUGCUUCUCCUUCUUUGCCUCCCUCCUCCGCCGUGGCUUGCCCUCUGUCGCCCUUUCCGUCCGCUAUGCCUCCUCAUCAAGCGUAGGCCUCCCCAUGGACCCUGCCCGCGUCCUCCGUACCCUCUUGUCGUCACGCCAAUUUACGAAGGCGUCCCAGGUCUUCCUCUCCUUCACCUCUCCGUCCAUCUCUGACACAUCUCUUCUUGACUCAAUGCUCCUUUGCUACUGCAAGCUCCGAGACCUUCCCGGGGCCCAAUCCCAUUUUAAUUCCAUCAUACAGCUCGGAACUUUGCCCAGUUUAGCCUCCUACGGCACGUUGCUUCGGCUAUUGUGUGUCAAAGAACAGGUGUCGCACGCUCUCUCACUGUUUUUCCGCAUGGCCAAAGCUGGUGUUCUCCCGCCUGCGUCCUCUUAUCACGUUUUGAUUACUUGGUUGUGCUCCGAGGGUUACCUGAAUGAAGCAUGCUUCCUGUUUGAUGUAAUGCUUGGUGAUGGCAUUCGGCCGUCUCACCCUUUGUUGAAGUCCUUGGCUUAUGGCUUUUGCAAAAGGCAGAGAAUGUUGGACGCCGAGCGAGUUUGUAGGCUCAUGAAGUUGCAUGGGUUCGUUUUGGAUUGUAAGCUGUGCACGGCCAUGAUUCAUGGGUACGUCAGGGAAGGAAAGAUAAAUUUGGCUCUUGAUCUUUUUAAGGAGUUGAAGGAGAGGAUUGGCUGUGAACUAGAUGUAUACUUGUAUAAUACAAUAAUUAAUGGGCUCUUGAAGUUUAAUUUUGUUGAUGAGGGUUGGGAGUUGUUCCAUGAAAUGGUGGGAUGUGGCCUCAAGCCAAAUGUGGUUACUUUCAAUACGAUGAUCAGCUGGUACUGUAAAAACUCUGAUGUGGACUCUGCUUUGGCGCUUCUUGACACAAUGAAGAGUUAUGGUUUGACCCCAAAUCUGCAUUGCUAUACUGCAGUGAUAACCACACUUUGCAGGGCGAAGAGAUUGGUGGAGGUGGAGAAGUGGUUUGAGAAGAUGCUUGACUGUGGCCUCAUCCCUGAUGACAGUAUGUUUCAGUUGCUGAUUAAGAAUCUUCCAUUUGAUCAUAUGUCUUGGAUGAUGGGCAAGGUUUUGGAUCAUCUGUCCAGGAAUGGUUGCAAUAUCAGCGUUUCGAGGUUUGUCCGAUUGUGUACUUCUGAUUCAGAUGAGGAAUUGCAGCGGGGAGUCAGGCUUCUUUUUGAUGAGAUGGCAGGAAACAAUAUAAUCUCAUUGAAAGUGGUUCUCCAUAUUUUGUUAGGAUCUGUGUGCUCACUGGGUAAGUUUAACAUUGCUCAUCUCUUAUUGGAGAAUAUGGUUGAUCAUGGAUCUGCGCCUUCAAUUUCUCAUUAUAAUUUCUUAAUGACAUGUUUGUGCAAGGAGGAUAGAAUUGAUGACGCUUACUCUCUUUUAUGUCUUAUGAGAAGUAGAGGUGUGCUUCCUGAUCUGGCUACACAUUCAAUUGUUAUAAAUUUUCACUGCAAGCGCGGAGACAUAGAUUUAGCAUUGAUAGCUUUUGAUGAGAUGAUACAGCAGGGUUUUAGGCUUCCUGUUGAUGUUUAUAACUCAAUCAUAAGAUCUUUGUGCAAAGCAGGGAGGAUGAUGGAAGCUGAGCUCACCUUUGACAGGAUGCUACAGGCAGGCAUCAUGCCAGAUAAAGGGAUCUACACUGCACUCAUCAACAGUUAUUCAAAGAUGGGAAAGAUUGUUGAUGCUCGAUAUCUGUUUGAUGAGAUGGUCUGUCGUGAUAUUCGACCAAGUUCCCAUGCUUACAAUGCUCUUAUUAAUGGACUGGUAAAGACUAACAUGUUUAGAAUGGCUGGCAAAUAUCUGCAUAUGAUGCUGGAGGAUGGUUUUGUGCCAAACACAGUCCUUUACACAAUGCUCAUAAACCAGUUCCUUAAGAAAGGGGAUGUUCGCUUUGGACUAGAUCUAUUUGCAUUGAUGGUGAGGAACCAGGUUGAACCUAAUAUUAUCACAUUUGGAGCUGUGAUCAAUGGUAUAUGCAGAAAUGUCUCACGGCAUGAAAAAAUGAAACUUUCUUUAGCUGUAAAAUUGGAGGAAGCAAGGUGCUUACUUUUUAAGUUGUUAUCACGAAAUACUUUUGUGCCAGGAAAGCUAACUCAAAAUGUCCGUUGUGGAACUACUAAAGAAAAAAUUGAGCUAGCCAUGGAGUAUAUACUACAUCUUCCGGAUGUUGGCUUGGUUCCGGAUUUGCAUAUUUACAAUGGGAUGAUUAAUGGGUUUUGCCGAGCUAAUAUGAGAAACAAUGUUAAUGCCCUCAUAGAUUCUAUGGACAAAGCCGGUGUUGUCAUUAACCAAGUAGCAUGUACCAUCUUAAUAGGUGCCCAUAUCAAUUCUGGUGAGAUUGAUUGUGCGACAGAAUUAUUUAACCAGAUGAACAGAAAUGGUUGCAUGGCUGAUAAUGUUACUCUUGAUACUCUUAUAAAAGGUUAUUCUAUCGCUGAAAGAGGGAUGGAGGCAUUAUCUCUUUUUUACAUGAUGCGAAAGAGAGGGUUUUUCCCUAGCAAAUCUUCAUGUCAUAGAUUACUUGACUGCCUCUGUCUAAGUCAUGCUAGCGAUCUGGCAUUUAGGCUAUUUGAGGAAAUGGUCUUGCUUGGCUAUACACCACAGCAUGAUAAAUAUAACAAAUUGCUCUUCAUGCUCUUGGAAGAGGAAAGUUUUCAGGCAGCUCACAAAACCUUCGACAUGAUGCUUAAAAGAGGAAAAACUCCAGAUAAUGAGGCAAAGAAACAGUUGCUCAAUGUUUGUUAUAAGCAUGGAGAAUAUGAUCUGGCUUUUGUGAUUGACAAAAAUAUACCAGUUUAUGAGGUUCUGCCUGAAGGUUGAGCACACAGAUGCCUCUUUUUUGUGCUAUCGGUGGAGAGUCAGGGACAUGACCACUGUUACUUCAAAAAAUCUGGGGGGGCAUUCUUUUCAGGUGCUUAAAUGAUAUACUACACAUAUGUAUGGUAGAACAUAGAUUUCUUUUGUGUUUUGUCACAAGGUUGGUAGAUAUGUUCUACUGUGACACUUUUUCUUUGUGUGUUAUAUAGAUUUCUCUUAGUAUGUUUGGUUAUUAUGUUGGAUCAUUGACAAGGCUCUUGUCAAGUUUGCUGGUUUUGUGUGGGGUGUUAGAAUCUCUCAGAUGUAUAGAUCAAGAACACCCAAAAUUUGGCAAAUCACUUCAACUGAUUGGCAUUAUCUUUUGUAUGAAUGUGUCUCACAAUAAUUGGCAAGCUCUAAAUGAAGCACUAACCACAGAAGUACAGUGCCUGAAACUAGUUACUGCUGAGCUCGGUGUCCUCACCGUCUGUCCAACAGCUUGAGCCAGCAAAUGCAGCUGAAUCUUAAUAUGUUUCAUCUGCAGCAACUGCAGAAGGCACAACAGCAUCAAGAGCAGCAGCCUGCACAUACUCCCUCUAUUUCAAAAACAACAGAACUACUCUGGCUCAAAUAACGAACUAUCAAAUGACAAGAUGAAGCACUAAAUCAACCAACGGUCUGUAUCUACAUUUUGUUUUAGCUUAAGUAGGAUAUGCAUCUGACUGAGGCUUUCUAUAUUUAAAAGGUGGUUUCAUUAUUUUUAUUUUUUAUUUUUUGAAGAGAAUAUUGUUUAAUUUUGAGAAAGCACAAGUCAUUUGGAUGUAAGAUUCAUGACCUUGUAACUAAAAUGUUACUAUGCGAUGUGUUGUAUAAGAAUCUUUGAGAGAGACUAUAUUUAAGAUGCUAUUUAUUUUUCACAA